AUGGCUGGAAGAUUUACAACACCGCACAAGAUCGUGGUGCUGGGCGAUGGUGGUGUAGGCAAGACUGCCCUGACCAUUCAACUGUGUCUACAACAUUUCAUAGAGACCUAUGACCCCACGAUCGAGGACUCGUACCGCAAACAAGUCGUCAUAGACGGGCAAGCAUGCAUGCUUGAGGUUCUCGACACAGCCGGCCAAGAAGAGUACACUGCGUUGCGGGACCAAUGGAUUCGAGACGGCGAGGGGUUCGUUCUGGUGUACAGCAUUUCCUCUCGGUCGUCCUUCUCCCGGAUCAAAAGAUUCCAUCAUCAGAUCUAUCGAGUCAAGGAGUCUACAGGAGGCUCGUCGUCAUAUCCUGGCUCGCCGAUGGCCGCCGCCGGUGGCCCGAUCAAUGUCCCCAUCAUGUUGGUUGGUAACAAGAGCGACCGAGUGACCGAGCGCGAGGUAUCGACGCAAGAAGGCCACGCUCUGGCGCGCGAACUGGGGUGUGAAUUUGUCGAGGCGUCAGCGAAGAACUGCAUCAAUGUUGAGAAGGCCUUCUUUGACGUUGUGAGAAUAAUAAGGCGGCAAAAUGCGGCCUCGUACUCUUCAGGCGGCGGGUCCAGGCCAGCCAACGGCGCGGCCCCAGGCCGUCGUGACACCAUGCCCGAGGACAGGCGAUACAGAAGGAAGGGAGACAAGAACCACGGCAACAUGGUACAGAUCGUGCUACCGAUUACGACUACUGGUGUUUACGGAGUUCAAUGGGUCUGGGACCCAAAGUGCGACGACGUGUUGAUGUCGCUACGCGAGGAAAACGAAACAGCUCGCCUGUCGGACAAUAUCCAGCUCCUGGGCGAGGGCUCGCAAAGCGGCGGACGGGUUCAGGGCGAGUGA